AAUCAUGAAAUCCACCAUGUAUUCUCAAAGCAUAAAAUAGGUGAAAAGCCAUGCCAUAAACAGGGAAAAAGGUUGAAGGCGACAGUUUCCUAACGGUAAGAGUAGGUCAGAGCGAGAUUUUAUGCAUUAUUUAUUAUGCAAGGAGACCAACGAGCCAGCAACUGAGGUGACUAUCAUCAUCACCACCCUGGAAUUGAUCUCUAAAUAAGUGGCAAAACGCAUUUGCUUUCAUUCGGGUUACAGUUCUUUUCUCUCAUCUAUUUUCUCUCCUUGGCUUGAUCUUUUUGGCACUCCUUUUUAGCCAGGACUGAAGCUGUGAGCUAAAGAAGAGAUUUUCGACCUCAUCAGAGCAACAUGAUCAGGUGGCUCCGGAUAGCCCUCUACACAAUCUUUGUCCUCAGUGGCCAAACAGCAGCUGCACUGCUUACAAGACUCUACUUUGAGAAAGGUGGAAGUAGCAAAUGGGUUGGAACACUUGUUCAAGUUGUGGGUUUCCCUGUUAUCCUUCCCUGUUACUUCAUUUCACGACGCAAAUUAGUUACCAUACCGAACAGUAUUAGUACUGCUGAUGUCAAAACAAAACCAUCAUCACUCCUUUUGCUCGUUUGCGUCUAUGUGUACCUUGGACUACUUGCGGCUGGAAAUUCGUAUUUGUAUUCAGUUGGCUUUGAGUACCUCCCCGUAUCUACGGUAGCAGUGAUUUCGGCAUCCCAGUUGGCCUUUAACGCUUUCUUCUCUUAUUUCCUCAAUUCACAGAAGUUCACCCCUUUCAUCAUCAAUUCUCUGGUUCUCCUCACCAUUUCCUCCGUUCUCCUGGUAGCAAAUAAUAGCUCUGAAAGGCCUCCUGGAGUCUCUAAUGGAAACUAUGUACUUGGGUUCAUAUGCACCAUUCUUGGAACUGCUACAUAUGGCUUGUCGCUUGCUUCCCAACAGCUGACCCUUCGGAAGGUUCUAAAGCAGCAGUCAUUUAAAGUUGUCAUGGAUCUUAUAAUCUACCAAUUCCUUGUUGCAUCCAUUGCUACAUCUAUAGGAUUCUUCGCAUCCGGAGAUUGGAAACUUUCAAAGAAAGAAAUGGAUAGAUAUACACCGGGGAAGAUUUCCUAUGUCAUGACCCUGCUUUGGACUGCUGUUGCUUGCCAGAUUUCCGUUUUUGGAAGUGUGGCAUUGAUCUUUGAGUUUUCUGCUCUCUUUUCAAAUGUCAUAGGUGCAUUGGGAUUGCCAAUUACUCCAGUAGCUGCCAUUUUCGUUUUCCAUGAUAAAAUGAGCAGCAUAAAGUGCAUAUCCAUGGUGUUGGCUAUUUGGGGCUUCCUUUCCUAUACCUAUCAGCAUUACCUCGACGACCGUAAGUUGAAUGUUGAAACUGAAAAAACGAGCGAAGUUUCUGAGCCUUGA